AUGGUCGGGCUGGGUCAAAAGCGAAAGCCGUCCCGCAAGGGGUCGAUGGCCGAUGUGCCCAAGAGCUUGCUGGAUGAAAUUGCAACCCUGGAGAACCUGUUCACCGUGGACGCCGAACGGCUAAAGAAGAUCACCACCCACUUCGUGUCGGAGCUCCAAGCUGGCCUGGAGAAAGAGGGUGGUAACAUCCCCAUGAACCCGACCUGGGUUAUGGGCUUCCCGGACGGCAACGAGCAAGGCACGUUCCUCGCGUUAGAUAUGGGCGGGACCAACCUGAGAGUCUGCGAGAUCACCCUCACAGAACAAAAGGGCGAGUUCGACAUCAUCCAGAGCAAAUACCGCAUGCCGGAGGAGCUCAAGACAGGGACUGCGGAGGAGCUGUGGGAUUACAUCGCCGACUGCCUGCAACAGUUCAUCGAGUAUCACCACGAGGACGAGGACCUGGCGCACUUGCCGCUGGGCUUCACGUUUUCUUACCCGGCCACACAAGAUUACAUUGAUCACGGUGUGCUCCAGAGAUGGACCAAAGGCUUUGACAUUUCCGGUGUCGAAGGGCAAGAUGUGGUUCCUCAGUUCCAGAAGGCCCUUGAAUCACGGAACCUCCCCAUCAAACUUGUCGCCAUCAUCAACGACACGACCGGCACCCUGAUUGCGUCCGCCUACACGGACCCGACCAUACGAAUCGGGUGCAUCUUCGGCACCGGCUGCAACGCCGCUUACAUGGAGAACUGUGGCUCAAUACCCAAGCUCAAACACAUGAACCUCCCCGACGACAUGCCCAUGGCCAUCAACUGCGAGUACGGCGCGUUCGACAACGACCACAAGGUCCUCCCGGUCACGAAAUACGACACCAUCAUCGACGAGACCUCACCCCGACCCGGCCAGCAGGCGUUCGAGAAGAUGAUCGCCGGGCUGUACCUGGGCGAGAUCUUCCGCCUGGUGCUGGUCGACCUGCACGAGAACAAGAACCUUCUAUUCGAGGGCCAGGACAUCUCAGCGCUGAAGAAGCCGUACACGCUCGACGCGUCGUUCCUGUCCUUCAUCGAGGAGGACCCCUUCGAGAACCUGCAGGAGACGCAUGACAUGUUCGAGGAGAAGCUCAAGAUCCACGCCACCAAGCCCGAGCUGGAGCUGUGUCGCCGCCUGGCCGAACUGAUCGGCACGCGCGCCGCGCGGCUCUCGGCGUGCGGCGUGGCGGCCAUCUGCACGAAGAAGAACAUCGAGAGCUGCCACGUGGGCGCCGACGGGUCGGUGUUCAACAAGUACCCGCACUUCAAGGCGCGGGGCGCGCUGGCGCUGCGCGAGAUCCUCGACUGGCCCAAGGGCAAGAAGGACCCGAUCGUCAUGCUGAGCGCCGAGGACGGCAGCGGCGUGGGCGCCGCCCUGAUCGCCGCGUUGACGAUCAAGCGCAUCAAGGAGGGCAACACCGCCGGCGUGCGCGACGUCAAGAACUUCCCGGGCCUGACGUAG